AUGUUGUCGCAACUACCAUGGCUGACAACAUGUUGCCUCCUCUUACUCUCCACCCCCAUAUCCGGGGCCCUGAUCCGUCGCGAUAACCUCAACACGACGCGCGCCGCCGUAGACGCCAUGAUGACGCUCUACGACCCGACAACCGGGCUCUGGGACCCGAGCAGCAACGGGUCGUCGUGGUGGCAGAGCGGCGUCGCGCUGUGGAUCCUCGCGGACUACAUGGUGCGGACCGGCUCGCGGGCGUACCUCGUGCAAGCCGAGAACACGGUCGCGAUCCAGCGCGCGCCGCUAUCCUGGUGGCCGGAGGGCGGCGGCGACUUCCGCGCCGACAGCACCGACGACACAGGCUGGUGGGCCCUCGCCAUGACCAGCAUGUACCAGCUCACCGGCGACGACAUGUACCUGGCCAUCGCGCGCGAGGACGAGGCGUACAUGUACGCGUACUGGAACACCACCACGUGCGGCGGCGGGCUCAUCUGGAACAUACCCGCGGGCACCUACCACAACGCGAUCAGCAACGAGCUGUACCUGCAGCUGACGGCGCGGCUGCACAACCUGAUCCCCGGCGACACGCUGUACCUGAACCGGAGCCUGCAGGAGUGGAGCUGGUUCAACCGCAGCGGGAUGGUCAACGCGCAGGGGCUCGUCAACGACGGGCUGACGGACAACGCGGCGUGCGUCAACAACGGGAUGCCGACGUGGACGUACAACCAGGGCGUCGUCCUCGGCGGGCUCGUCGAGCUGCACGCCGCGACCGGCGACGGCACCUACCUGUCCGCGGCGCGGCGCAUCGCCGACGCCGUGCUCGCGAGCGCGUCGCUGGUGCAGGGCGGCGUGCUGACGGAGCCCUGCGCGUCCGAGGAGGAGUGCGAGCCCAACGGCACGGCGUUUAAAGGGAUCUUCGCCAAGGAGCUCGGACGCCUCGACGCGGCGCUCGCGGAUCGGCCGUACGCGGCGUUUCUGGAGGGCAAUGCGAGGGCGGCGCACGCGAAUGCGCGGAAUGCGUCGGCGGGGAACUACUACGGGUUUAGGUGGCAGGGCCCGUUUGACAGGGUCACGGUGGGGUCGCAGGAGGCGGCGGUGGGGCUGCUGAUGGCGGCGUAUUUGGAGUGA